UUCUAUUACAGGGGGAACAGUCUCCUAGCGACACCUCCUCCUUUACGGCAAAUGGAAUAUGGCGGAGGGUGAGAAAUCCCUCAGCGGACUGGAGCUCAGCAAGGAAUGGCAGGAGGCCACAGACAGCAGGGCGGACCUGCUCCGCUACCUGAAGGAGCAGGUGCCUCAGAUCUUCUGCCUGAAGAAGGAGUCCAGCCCUCUGGAGGAAGAGGAGCUCAUGCAGAGCCGACUCCUCCACCCUCUGGAGUGCUUCCUGUUUGGAGAGGAUCCUCAGGAGGGUUUGGAGAAGCUCAAGCAGGGCAGCACCUCCUCCCAGCUCUGUGGACGUGUCUUCAAAGAGGGAGAGACUGUCUACUCCUGCAGGGAUUGUGCGAUAGAUCCCACUUGUGUCCUGUGCAUGGACUGCUUCCAGGAUAGUGUGCACAAAAGCCAUCGUUACAAGAUGCACGCGUCAUCAGGCGGGGGGUUCUGUGAUUGUGGGGACAUAGAAGCCUGGAAGAUUGGCCCCUGCUGCUCCAAACACGACCCAGGGGCAGCCACUGCCAUGGUAACGGAUGAGUGUGUGUUGGAGCCUGAGUUAUACGAGCGUGCUGAGAAGCUAUUCCGGGUAUUACUGUGCUACGUCACAGAUUUCCUGGUGUGGGAGGAGAACUUUGAGCUAUCAGCUGAACUCCAGCCGCGGACAAAAGACAAUGCAUACUACUGUGUGCUGUACAAUGAUGAGCACCACUCAUACGACCAUGUGAUCUACACCCUGCAGCGCUCUGUUUACUGCGAUCAGGCUGAGGCACAGACACACACAUCACUCAUUGACAAGGAGGGUCGGCGGGCAGUAAAGAGAGGAACCUUUCGAUCAUGCCAGCAAGCAAAAGACCUCAUCAAGUCCAACUCCGAGCACAUUUCCCUGCAGCCACUACGUGUAGAGAUCCUUCAUGCAACAGUGAUGGCUCAUCAGACGUUUGCUCUGCGCCUCGGCUCCUGGUUCCAAAAGAUCAUCAGUUACUCAGUGGGCUUCAGACAGGCCUUCUCACAGGUGGCACUGGAGCCCAACGAAGACAACCCUUGCCUCAUCAGCAGACUCAUGCUUCACGAUGCCAGGAUGUACAAAGGAGCUCGCAAGAUAGUACAUGAACUGAUUUUCUGUAGUAUGCUUAUGGAGACAGAAUUCAAGAGGCUUUUUGCAAUCGAGUUUACAAAGCACUAUAAGCAGCUGCAAAAGGACUUCAUCCUUGAUGACCAUGACAAGAGUAUAUCCAUCACUGCACUGUCUGUUCAGAUCUUCACUGUACCCACACUGGCCAGACAGCUGAUUGAAGAAGGAAAUGUCAUCAAAGUGAUUGUUGAUACAGUCACAGCAUUGCUGCAUGAACAUCUGGAUGAUAACAAUCGCUUCUUCUUCCUGGGCUACAACUCUGACAAGUUCUCUCGCAUCCAGGUCAUUUUCCACGACCUCAGGUAUAUUCUGAUCAGUAAACCCCCAAUGUGGACUGAAGAGCUGCGGAGAGAGUUCCUAGAGGGGUUCAAAAUCUUUCUCGGGCUUCUCAAAUGCAUGCAGGGCAUGGAGGAAGUGAAGCGCCAGUUUGGUCAACACAUUGCAGUAGAGCCAGAAUGGGAAGCUGGCUUUUCUCUCCAGAUCCAGCUCCGCCACAUUCUUGCUAUGUUCCAGGACUGGUGCGCAUCUGAUGAAGAGGUCUUGCUGCUUGCAUUUAAAGAGUGCCACAAAGUCCUGAUGCAGUGCAAUAACCAGCCCUUCCACCGGGAGCCUACUGACUACUACAUGUGCAAGCACAUCCUUAAUGUUCGUCCGUACAAAGUGUCUCAGGAGCCUGUCAGCAUACACCUGCCCAUUUCCAGGCUACUGGCUGGCUUGUAUGUACUUCUCUGCAGAACAGGGACAAUUGAACGUCUGCAUGAUCCUGAGAGCUAUGACUUCACCCAGCUGGCGGAGCAUCCUCUGCGCUGUGUGGUGCUGGCUGCACAGGUCUCAGCUGAAAUGUGGCGGAGAAACGGGCUCUCAUUGGUCAGCCAGGUCUAUUACUAUCAGGAUGUGAAAUGCAGGGACGAGAUGUACGAUAAAGAUGUUCUCAUGCUUCAGAUAGCUGCUUCCAAAAUGGAUGCCAACCACUUCCUCAUGCUGAUCUUGUUGAGAUUCGAGCUCUUUGAUUAUUUUAAUGGAAGUUGUUCAAGCAAAGACCAAGAUGAGUUGAUACAGUGGAAUCGACUGACAGAAGAGAUGCUGUACCUCCUGAUCGUCAUCGUUGGUGAGCGCUAUGUCCCAGGGAUCAGUCAGGUGACGAAAGAGGAUGUGACAAUGAGAGAGGUCGUCCACCUGCUGUGCAUUGAGCCCAUGGCUCACAGUAGCCUGGUCAAAGGCCUGCCAGAGAAUGAGAGCCGUGAAACUGGCCUGGAGAGUGUAAUUACCAAAGUUGCCACCUUCAAAAAACCAGGAGUGUCAGGACAUGGAUUAUAUGAAGUGAAAAAAGAGCGUCUGGUAGAAUUCAACCCUUUCUACUACCAUUAUUCAAGAUCCCAGCAUAGCAAGGCAGAAGAGUCUCAAAAGAAGAGGAGAGUUCAGGAGGGCAAUGAUAAAGCUCUGCGUCCUCCAGUGCCCCCAGCCUUCUGCCCAGCUUUCUCCAGCAUCGUGCGUCUUCUCUGCUGCGACAUUAUUGUCCACAUCCUCAGACGCGUCCUGCAGAGAGCUGCAGAGGACCGAGCCACUCAUUGGACAGAAGCAAUGAUCCAGAGGGCCUUGCACCUGAUCGGUCAGGCAUUGCUUGAAGAGAAAACACAGCUUGAGGACAGCACUGUGGAGGAUGUGACCUUUGAUUUCAGUGUUAAGGCCCGAGGAAUUGGUUCAGAGCACAGCAAGUCAGUGUUCCUCUUGUUGUCCAAGAUUAAGGCUCUUCCUUCCCUUGAAGCCCAAAAAGACAUGGUCAAAUGGGUUCUACAGAUGUUUGAGAUUGUCAAGUGCCUCAGAGAGAAGUCCAGUCCAACAGCCUCUGUGAGCAUGGAGACAACCAAACCAGAGGAGAGUGCUCAGGACAAAGAAAAAGCUGAGCGGAAAAGGAAGGCGGAGGCAGCCAAACUCCACCGGCAGAAAAUCAUGGCCCAGAUGUCAGCGAUGCAGAAAAACUUCAUUGAGUCCAAUAAGAUGCUGUAUGACAACAUGCCAGAGAGCGGGGCGCAGGGAGAGACUGUUACAUCUACUGAGAGCUGUGCCAUGGAGCACAGGGAGCUGUGUGUAGCCAUCGGACCCCACCGAGGCUCCACCCCAGCCGAAAGGGAGGUGCUUACCUGCAUUCUUUGCCAGGAGGAGCAGGAAGUGGCGGUCCAGGCUCCCGCCAUGGUGCUGACUGCGUGUGUCCAGAGAUCCACAGUGCUGACUCAGUGCAGAGGAAAGAUACCAACCAACAGAGCAGAUGGGACGGGGACAUCAUAUCCCCUCUUCAUGCCUCCUGAACUGGCUGUGGGGGCCCACACUGGCAGCUGUGGACACGUCAUGCAUGCCACAUGUUGGCAGAAAUAUUUUGAGGCAGUCCAGAAUACAACCAGAAACCGGCUCCAUGCCGAACUGAUCAUCGACCUGGAGAAUGGGGAGUACUUGUGUCCCCUGUGCAAGUCACUGUGCAAUACUGUUGUCCCUCUCAUCCCUAUGGAACAGCUAACAUUCAACUAUGAAAAUGCAGAGAUAAUUGGCCAGCAUUUGACCAUGCCUCGCUGGAUCCAGAUCAUCUCUGCCAGGAUUAAAGGACUCAAGUCAAUCACUCAGGAUAAUGAUUGCAACACAGAAAGCAGUAGUGGUGAUGGAGACGCAGGGCUGUGUGGAGAGGGCCAGCCAGACUUUAGAUCCAUUCUGAGCUAUGGCGUACAAGAACCGAGAAAGUUCUCAGACAGCGUAGCAGAGAUGCUGGUUGUGUGCGCCACCACGGUCCACAGGGUCGGUCUGCAGACGGCACCCAAUGAGAUGUGCCCACGUGUGCCCCUUAUGGCUUGGAACACAUGUGCCUUCACUAUUCAGGCCAUUGAAAACAUAUUGCAGGAAGAGGGCAAGCCACUCUUUGGGUCCUUACAAAACAGACAGCAUGCAGGUCUGAAGGCGAUUGUUCAGUUUUCAGCAGCCCAGAGAUUUAAGAGCUCCCAGUCUGUCAUCCAAAGGCAUUUCACCGAUAUGUUGGGAGUCUUGCUGCCUGUCCUGAACAGAAAGACCUCCCCCUCUCUUCUGGAGGUUGACUUCUUCCAUCUUCUGGUGGGUUUGGUGUUGUCUAUACCCUCACUGUAUCAGGAGGAAGCUGUAGACUUACAGCCGUCUGCUGUCAGCUCUGCCUACAACCAUCUGCACAUCCUACAUCUGGUCACCAUGGCUCACGUGCUGCAGAUCCUCCUCUCCUCUGCAGAUUUCCCUGCUGUAGCGGGUGGAGAAGACACAGAGGAGGCCAGAGUGGCAGGAGAGCUGUACUCUACAGUGUCACAACACACUGGAAGGCUGAUUCCAGAUGUGUCCGGCAGCUCUGUGGCUGAAAGAGUGAGGAGAGGAAUAGAACCUUUCCUGCGCUGUGCUGCUCUCUUUUUCAAUUGCCUUACAGGAGUACAUCCUCCUGAGGAUCUUUUUAGUUCUUCUGUUACAUCUCAAGGACAGGUGGAGGCACUAUGCAGUUAUUUGGCACUACCCUCCAACGUGUUCCAGCUCUUCCAGGAGCACAGAGACACUGUUACUCCACUCCUGCACACGUGGUGUGGGAGCCCAGCUAUAACCAAAGCCCUGAAAGGCAAAAUCCAGACAGUCAGAUAUCCUAGAAGAAGGAAUCGAUUAAUUGAGCUUCCUGAGGAUUACAGUGCUCUCCUCAAUCAAGCCAGCCAUUUUCAAUGUCCCAAGUCUACAGAUGACGAGAGGAAGCACCCGACCCUGUGCCUGUUCUGUGGGGCCAUGCUCUGCUCUCAGAGCUCCUGCUGUCUCAGUAAGCUGGACGGGGAAGACGUGGGAGCUUGCACCGCCCACGCUGCUACCUGUGGCGCAGGAGUGGGCAUGUUCCUCAGGAUAAGAGAGUGUGAAAUCGUACUGAUGGCCAGUAAAACCCGAGGAAGCACAUAUCCUGCUCCUUAUCUGGAUGAUUAUGGAGAGACUGAUCCUCACCUUGUGCGGGGCAAUCCAUUGCACCUUUGUCCAGAGCGUUACAGGAAGCUGAACCAGCUGUGGCAGCAGCACUGCAUCCUGGAGGAAAUCGCCCGCAGCCUGGAGGUGGUCAACGUUAUGUUUGCAUUCGAGUGGCAGAUGUUGUGAUGAUUGGUCCAGCUGCGGCGGCCGGGAAAUAAAGAGCACAGCCAUAGAGCACAGUCUGCUCCAGUGCUCCCUAGGCUUACACACACACACACAUACACACAUACAUACACACCCAAACAACUAACCCUCCUACAAUCAAAGGAGGCCUGAGUGGCCAACCCCUCCCUGAUGAAACCCCUGCUGGAGUCCAGAGAGAUGGGACGGUCAGAUGAGGAAGAGGAGGAUGAAGGAUAAUGGAUGGUGAUGGAUAAUGAGCAAAACCGAAGUCGCCUUGUUUUAAUUUGAUUGUCUGCUCUGAGAAUGAGUUUCUCCUAGAGUAAUGUUAUUUGCAAAGAGGCUCAUUCAAAUAAAGACAAACAUCAGAUACACACUAACAUGUUUCUGUUAUCAGUUUAUGGAUUUGAUUUCUGUCCUCAGUAAUGCUGUGAAUCUUAUGAAUUCUCUUUUUGUGUUAGAAAUUCUUAUUUGUCAUAAGUUAUAAUUGUUGAUUUCUGCUGUUGUGGAGGGUACAUUCAUUUGGAAGUUUUUUGGGAUGGCCAGAGACCAUUUUUUGCUUUUUCCCCAUUAAUUAUAUAGAUGGUCCAAAUUACAGGGCCAUAUCUUACUAUCACCUUUCCUCAUAUAUGUAUGUAUAUAUAUAUAUAUACACACACAUAUAUAAUGGAUAAAACAUUUAUAGAAUAUACAUUAUUUUCAAAGUUGUAUUGAAACAAAUCCAGUAUUCUGAGAGCAGUAUACUGUACCCUGCUUCCAUGAUUUCCUAAUCUAGAUGCAGUUAAUGAUAAGUAGCCAUUUUGGCACAUUUAAAGUAUUUCUUUUGUUUUUGGUUGAAUAUUUCAGCCUUUUUUCCCCCUCACUGAGCACCAGAACCAAUGAGUGAAUUAUAUGAAUUUAUACCACAAAUAAUACUGUGAGAUGCCCUUUUACAAAAAAAACUCUAAACAUAUUAGGUCAAACAUAUCCGGUGUUUACUGCAUGUUUGUAGUGAGUAAAACCUUUUGAGGGGACCACUGUCCAACAGAUUAUUAAUCACAUUUCACCAUUUGGUGUUUACUCACUAAACUCACUCUUAAAUUGAAUUUAAGAAAAAAAACUAUGUCAAUAUUAUAUUUAAGAAAGAAAUGUAAAUUUUAUUGACAAAAUCUAAGGUAAUAUGUUAUCUUUUUUCAGUUACUCCAUUCAUUAUUGCUCAGCCUUUUCAGGAAAUUAUGUGUGAAUAUAUCAUUUCUUCCUUUUUGUGUUGUUUGACAGUACUACAUGACUUCCAGGCUGUGGAAAUAAAGACACUAGCCUAUCUGCAGACAAA